GAGUUAUCAAAAUAUAUACAGAAGAAAAAAAAUAAAGGAAGAAAACCAGUUACUGCUUUGGAAAUGCUGGGCUUAACUUUAAGAUUUCUAGCAACCGGCAGUGACUUUAAAACCAUGCAUACGAAUUACUUCCGAGGAGCAAGUACAAUAGCAAAAAUUGUAAGGACAGUUUGUCGCGCCAUAUGGAAACAUCUAUCAAGUCAAAAUAUACCUCCUAUAACAAAACAGGUUCUAGAAGAUGUCGCUAUUGAGUUUGACAAGAAAGCAAAUUUUCCUAACUGCAUAGGAGCUCUUGAUGGUAAACAUGUCCGUAUUACAUGUCCUGCGCACAGUGGAUCACUGUUUUACAAUUAUAAGGGCUAUAAUUCAAUAGUUUUAUUAGCUCUUGUAGAUUCUAGAUAUAGAUUCAUUUUUGUCGAUAUAGGAGCGUAUGGCAAGGAAAGUGACUCCACCGUUUUCCAGAACUCUAAACUUUAUGAUUUGAUUAUGACACGCAAAUUACCUAUUCCUGUACCAAAGCCUUUACCAGGUUCUCAAAAUGAAACUCCAUUUGUUUUUGUAGGAGAUGAAGCAUUCUCAAUUUCGAAUAACGUCAUGCGCCCUUACUCAGGAAAACAUUUGUCGGUACAACAAAGAGUUUACAAUUAUCGACUGAGUCGUGCCCGAAGAUAUGUCGAGUGCGCUUUUGGCAUCCUAGCCAAUAAAUGGCGCAUAUUUCAUCGAUCUAUGAAUGUGCAAUACGAAUUUGCGACAGACAUUAUCAAGGCAUGUUGUGUAAUGCACAACUUUGUUUUGAAUCGAGAUGGAGUACAAGCGACCGAUGACAUUAUCUUUGAUGAUUCUGAUCUGCAAAUGUUGCAUUUGCCCACAGCAAAUGAAAAUAAUUUAAGCCCACAUCUAAUACGGAAUGAUUUUUGUAAUUACUUUUCCAGUGAUGUUGGCGCCCUAAGUUGGCAAUUAAACAAAAUAUGAAUGUUCGUAUACCUACUCAGUUCAAAAUACAAAUAAUACCUUAAUACAUUUGAUUCAAACUAUUUAACAUGUUGUGAACAAACAUAAAAAAAGCAUAUAUACGGUCGAACUGAGUAACCUCUUCCUUUUUUGAAGUCGGUUAAAAAUGUGUAUUUUAUUUCUUUUCUUUCAUUAUUAAUUAUUUCACUGUUAAAAUUUUCAAUAAAUGUGAUUUACUUUUGUAA